AUGGGGUUCAGAAUGGAUGGGAAUUAUGGCAGAAAACCAGAGUUUUUGCCUGAAGUGAAAGAGUUUGUUGGAGUUGGUUCUACCCGGCCACGAUUUCGAAAAAGAGAUAAGGUUCUUUUCUAUGGUCGGAAAAUGUUGCGUAAGGUUAAAUCUAUUUCUGGGCAAGUGCAUGGAGGACAAGGCAAGAAACGAAGGCUAGUGAUGCGUUUUGCACGUCGAUUGUUACAGUUAAAAAAAGAUUCUACCCCAAUGCAACUAAAGGUACUAGAACCACCUGCAGAAUAUUUGGAAGAAGAGACUAGCAAAGAUGACCAGCGUGUGCCUCCAGAUGCCUUGUAUAUGCUCCAAAGUAUAAGAGUUUUUGGUCAUUUUGAGAAGCCUGUCUUUUUGAAACUUUGUAAACAUACUGAAAUUAUGAACUUGCCAGCUGGAUCAUUCCUCUUCAAAAUUGGUGAUCCAGAUGAAAAUGUAUAUGUAGUGCAAAGUGGAAAACUCAAUGUAUAUAUUACUGGAAGUGAUGGAGCUGCCGUCUCCCUGAAGUGUGUGAAAACUGGUGAAUCAGUUACAUCACUUCUUAGUUUCACUGACGUCCUUACAGGUCACACGAAUCCAUAUAAAACAGUAUCUGCACGUGCUGUGGAGGAUACAACAGUUGUACGUUUACCAAUGGCAGCUUUCCAAGAUGUGUUUCAAGAUUAUCCAGAAAUUUUCAUUAGAGUUAUGCAAGUGAUUAUGGUUCGCUUACAACGUGUUACAUUCACCGCUUUACAUCAAUAUUUAGGAUUGUCAGCUGAACUCGUUAAUCCUGGUAACCAAAGAAGAAGAUCUACUGCUUCCAGUAUUUUUGCUGGAUCUCCAGUACGAGGACGUAAAGAUGUUUCAUCAGGAUUGAGAGAUGAACUAUCGACAGGUGGAAGUGCUGCAGAAAGUGCACACACUUCUCCAAGUGAUCAACCAGAUCCCACGACAGGAAUAAUUCCUAAUGCAGUCCCUGCAGGAAGCUCUACUUCUCGAGUGCGAUCAAAAGCAGGAUUGGAAAUUAAAUUUGCUCCACAACCUGAUAUGCUUCCCGAAUUUGAUGUGCAGCAGGCUUCUCCGCAGACUCCUGAUCUCCAAGCUGGACUUUCUAGUGGUGGUAGUAUGAAGCGACGACCACAAAACCAAUUGGAUGAUACAUUGAGCCAACCCCGUCAAAGGCGAGCACCUGUAUUUGCUGAUUCUGUUGAUGAUCCUCAUUAUACAUCGGGAAGUAGCUCAAAGCGGAAAGGUACUGGAACAGCAUUGAAUGCACCAUUGGAGCCUAUGGAUGAGCAACAGUUGAUUCAAGUGGCUACAGAAGCUUUUGUUAGAGAGUUGGGUUUGGAAGAUGACACAAUUUUGCAUGGAAAAGUGGAAAUUAGAGAGGUACCCACCGGAACAUAUUUAAUGAAGGAAGAAUCUCAUAAGGAUGUUGCUUUGAUCUACUUGCUGUCUGGCACUCUACUCGUUUCUCAGAAGAUGACAGACAAUCAAGAAGAUGUCAAUAUGUUUACGGCAUAUCCAGGUGAAAUUGUGGGUGGUCUUGCAGUUCUCACUGGUGAACCCAGUUUUUUCACCAUUCGGACGAAACACUUUUCACGCCUUGGGAUGAUAUCAAAAAGUACUUUUUACAGCAUCAUGCGUGAAUGUCCACGUGUUGUAUUACAUAUUGCUCAUACGGUUGUUCGAAGACUUUCUCCAUUUGUCCGUCAAGUUGAUUUUGCUCUUGACUGGGUAUUCAUGGAAAGUGGAAGAGCUGUUUAUAGGCAAGGGGAUGAGUCAGACAGUACUUUCAUAGUUCUCAGUGGCCGUUUACGUUCAGUUAUUAGACACAGUAAUGGAAAAAAAGAAUUAGUUGGUGAAUAUGGUAAAGGAGAACUAGUAGGCAUUGUGGAAAUGGUUACUCAAACCCCCAGAAGCACAACUGUGAUGGCUGUUCGAGAUUCUGAACUUGCAAAACUUCCAGAAGGACUUUUCAAUGCAAUUAAGUUACGAUACCCAAUUGUUGUAACACGUCUCAUUAACUUACUUGGUCAUCGAAUCCUUGGGUCAUAUCAGAAACCUAGCAUAGGUCGCACAGUGGAAUCUAGGCCUUCUCAAGUUAAUUUUUCUACUGUAGCAAUUGUUCCAAUAUCUGAUGAUGUUCCUCUGACAGCUUUCACUUAUGAACUGUAUCAUUCAUUGUGUGCUAUUGGUUCAACCCUUCGAUUGACGUCUGAUGUGAUUCGAAAAUCAUUGGGCACUUCAAUUUUAGAUCCAGCAAAUGAAUACCGUCUGACAUCAUGGCUUGCACAACAGGAGGAUCAACAUAAAAUUGCUUUAUAUCAAUGUGAUACUAGUUUUACCCAAUGGACACAACGUUGUAUUCGUCAAGCAGAUUGCAUUCUUAUUGUAGGACUUGUUGAGCGUGGACCUAAUAUUGGCAAAAUUGAGAAAGAAGUAGAGCGCUUGGCCAUUCGAACUCAAAAAGAAUUAGUACUGUUGCACAGAGAAAGUGGAGAUCGACCUAACAAUACAGUAUCCUGGCUAAACAAUCGAAGUUGGGUGUCCUGUCACCAUCACAUUCAGUGUCCAAAGAGGAUGUUUACCAGACGUUCACAAUAUCGAAUUAAUGAAUUAUAUAGUAAGGUGUUAAUGUCAGAACCCAAUAUUCAUUCUGAUUUUUCACGCCUUGCACGAUGGCUUAUGGGAACAUCGGUUGGACUUGUUCUGGGAGGUGGCGGAGCACGUGGUGCUGCUCAUGUGGGAAUGCUGAAAGCUAUUCAGGAAGCAGGAAUUCCUGUGGACAUGGUGGGAGGGGUCAGUAUUGGAGCAUUUAUGGGUGCCCUUUGGUGUAUGGAAAAAAAUAUAACUACUAUGACCCAGAAAGCUCGUGAAUGGUCAAAACAGAAAAUGACACAGUGGUGGCGCCAAAUUCUGGAUUUAACAUAUCCAAUGACAUCUAUGUUUUCUGGGCGUGAUUUCAACCAUACCAUUCAUUCAACUUUUGGUGAUACGCACAUUGAGGAUCUCUGGUUACCAUAUUUUUCUGUUACAACAGACAUCACAGCAAGUUGUAUGCGUGUUCACACUCAUGGCUCCUUAUGGCGCUACAUCCGAGCAUCCAUGUCUUUGUCGGGAUACAUGCCUCCUUUGUGUGAUCCUGCAGAUGGCCACCUUCUCCUUGAUGGAGGUUAUGUCAACAAUUUGCCAGCUGAUGUUAUGCGCAGUCAGGGCGCAAAACAUAUUCUGGCAAUUGAUGUGGGAUCACAAGAUGACACAGACCUUACAAAUUAUGGAGAUUGUUUAUCUGGUUGGUGGCUACUUUGGAAGCGAUGGAACCCAUUUGCAUCUCCAGUUAAAGUUCCAAAUUUACCUGAUAUUCAGUCAAGACUUGCAUAUGUGUCAUGUGUUAGACAAUUAGAGGAAGUGAAGACUAGCGACUAUUGUGAAUAUAUUAGGCCACCUAUUGAUAAAUACAAAACGCUUCAGUUUGGCAGUUUUGAUGAAAUUAAGGAAGUUGGAUACCAGCAUGGAACAACAUAUUUUGCAGGCAUGCUGAAAGCAGGUGCAUUGCCAUUGUUUAAAACUGAAAAAUCCCAGGCAACAAGUAAAGGUACUAUUCAACCAUCCACUUACACCUUUACUGACCUUGCCCAGAUGGUAUGCAAAGUUCCUCUCAACCAGUACAUUGAUGAAUCAGAUUCAGAAGAAGAGUAUGAAGCGGAUGAGGAAGAUGCUCAGGAAAUGGGAUACGCUUCUGAACCAUCUGCUGGAAUUCUUGAUAUGCAACCUUGGCAGCAAGGAAGAGGUCCGCACAUUCAUCUCUUUGAACUGAAAAUUGAGUAACAAGUUGAUUUCUGAGUGAACAAUUGUUUUAAUUUGAAUCUGAUUGACAGUUAAUUAAUUAUCACAAUGUAUAAGUAUUGGUGCAUUUGUACAUUUUUAAUAUUUUCUACAGUUUUUGACUCCAGAGAAGUUGGUAUUAUUUAAUUCUAAAGAAGUUUUAUUUGGGCAAAAAUAUUUGAGCCUAGGAUCAACUUUGUUGUGGAAUGUUUCAUUGAGUUCUAUUAAUGUAUUGUGGACAUAGCCAAUGUGACAUGAAUAGUUCCUAUAGUUCCAAAUUUUGAAAGUUCACUCAUUGCGUAUAUUUAAAUUUGUGUGCAUCUUCUAUAGUUUAUGAAAGUUUAAUGAUUAAUUAUGUAAAUUGUUUGGGAUGUGUAUUGUUUUAUUUUGAAGCAUUCCCAUGUCAUCUUGCUCAAUUUGAAUGCGUAUUUGUAUAAAGUAUGAUUCAGGUAGGAAAAUAACAUUAAUUUUGCUUUAGUCCUAAAAUUUUGAAUGAUGUGUGUUUUAUGAUUGAAGAAAUGAAGGAUUUUUCUUAUAGUGAGUUUUUUUGUUUGUGACUAUCGUCAAUGUUGAGGGUUGAUUGUAAAUAGUACUUCUUAUUUAUAGUAUUGAAUAUUUUAUAGGAGUUAUUUAUUGUAAAGUAUAGUAAUGUAUAGCACUGAAAGACCUGUACACAUUAAGUUUUUGUGAAAACUGUACAUAAAGUGUGAAUACUAUUUGCUGGUCGUGUAAUAAAUAAAAACAAGGCUGAUCAAGGUUUUUUCUUUCUUCUUAAAGUCAACAAAAACAUGCAUGUGAGAAUUUGACCUUUCAGUUUACAUAUGUGGAGAAAAAUCUAUGAAAUGUGGAUAUCUCAGCUUAGAUAAUCAAACUGAAUUCUGUAAGUAAAAUUAAGCAAUGGUGUAAAUUAUAAUUGACAUAUAGAGGGAAAUUAAGGAGGGAGUAGUUUUUUCAGGAUCCCAGGUGAAUUCAAGAAUAGACAAUAAAUGAUAAUUGUAAUGAUGUUAUGAUUUGUGCAUCUCAUUUAUACUGUGAUAUCAUUUGAAUUUACAAGAUGUUUAUUUUCCAUUUCUACACAUUAUGAAAUGCCAGAUACCAUUUUUACACUCUAUCAUCUUAAACAGGUUGUGAGAAAUUUCAGAACUUUCUUUUUAACUCCAUAAAAAUAUUUGCAUGACAUCAUAGUCAGUAUAUUUUGUCACUUCAUGCAGGAACCACCAAUGUCAUUCUGUGGCUCGUCUAAGAAUCACUAAUGUUAUUGACAUUUCUGUACAUACUUCAUUGAUUUUUGAACUAAGCCAAAUCAAGAAAGAUGACAGUUGUGAAUAAUUUUUCAGACUCCAUUAACCUAAAAUUCCAUAAAUGUGCUCGAACGAAAUUCCACCCCCUGGACUGCUCAAAAAAGAUUUGAGAUAAAGAAAUACAGAAUUUGAGAUUAUCCAUAAAAAAGUCAGCAGGAACAAAUGCUUUGUAAAACAAUUUUAUCAUCAGGCAUGCAUUUUCCCCUAAUUUCAUUCUCCUAAAGCAGACUUUUUCAUAGACCAUUAUCAACAAAAUGAGAAUGUUUGCCGUUACCAUUUUGGAAAUUUAGCUCAUCGUGGAAACUCCUGCUGCCCUCUUUAUGGCAGGGGCUAUCAGAAAUGUACAGAAGUUUGAAAUCUAUGUAAAAUUAAAUUUACUAUUUGAUAUUUGUAGAAUUUAAUUGCAACGGUUAUCAUACCUUAAUUAAU